CGGAAUACGAAGGCGGUGCUCGCGCUGGUCUCGCUGAGAUCUGACUGCUGCUUCCUCGGGCUGACCCAGUCUCAGCGCCUCCCUGACGUCACAGCCCGGAUGCUCUGCGCCAAUCAGAUGACAGACAUCGCUGACUCGCAGCUUCUGCGGAAGGGCACAAAAGCACUCGCUAUGUGACACAGACGGCGGCUGUGGACGGAGGAUCAUGGACAGUUACUUGUUCGUGAGGGUGGUGGGGAAGGGCAGCUAUGGGGAGGUGAAUCUGGUCAGACACAGAUCAGACCGAAAACAGUAUGUGAUCAAGAAGCUGAACCUGAGAACAUCCUCCAGACGUGAGCGUCGAGCCGCGGAGCAGGAAGCGCAGCUCCUCUCGCAGCUCAAGCACCCCAACAUCGUCACCUACCGGGAAUCGUGGGAAGGCGAGGACUGUCAGCUUUACAUCGUGAUGGGCUUCUGUGAGGGAGGAGAUCUGUACCACAGACUCAAACAGCAGAAGGGAGAACUGCUGCCCGAGAGACAGGUUGUGGAGUGGUUUGUUCAAAUCGCCAUGGCUCUCCAGUACUUACAUGAGAAGCACAUCCUGCAUCGAGAUCUGAAAACGCAGAAUAUCUUCUUGACCAAGACCAAUAUAAUCAAAGUGGGUGAUCUGGGCAUCGCACGGGUCUUGGAGAAUCAGAACGACAUGGCCAGCACUCUGAUCGGCACACCGUACUACAUGAGUCCAGAACUGUUCUCCAACAAACCCUACAACUACAAGUCAGACGUAUGGGCGCUGGGAUGCUGCGUGUAUGAGAUGUCAACUCUAAAACACGCUUUCAAUGCAAAAGACAUGAAUUCUCUUGUGUAUCGGAUAGUAGAAGGGAAGUUGCCCCAGAUGCCGAGUAAGUACGACCCCCAGCUGGGAGAACUGAUCAAGCGGAUGCUGUGUAAGAAACCAGAGGACAGGCCGGACGUCAAACACAUCCUCCGACAACCGUACAUCAAACAGCAGAUCUCCAUGUUCCUGGAGGCCACAAAAGAGAAAACUGCCAAAUCACGGAAAAAUGCAGCGAACAGCAAAGCGAUCAGUGCCGAAUCAGAUGCCUCAGCCAAACCAAAUCAUGAAGUUCAGCCACAGUGUCUUAACUCCGAGUCAAAGACCCGAGGAAAAAAGGUUGAAGAAAACCACUUGAACCGACACAAACUCUGUAAUGGUGCAGUGGAAAAAGUGGCUCCAAAUCCACACCUGCCCCCCAGAUCCCCUAGUCGGGACAUUCUUAACUCAACAGGUCGAUCUACAGCAACCAUUAGCAACAUAGACAUUGAAAUCCAAACCCAGGAACCGAAACAGAGAAAAGCCAAACCACCUCAGCCCAAACCCAGCAGCCAUCAGAACCACAAGCCGCCGUCUGUGAGCAAGCGGAGAGACAAAGACGAGAAAGAAGAUCCUGGUCCUCCUCAGACACGCCUUACGAAACAAGUAUUAGAUGUCGGAACAGCGGAGGAUAAGAUGUCAGCGAAUGAUCUGGUAUCUCAAAACUCAACUGCACCCAAACCUGCAGAUCGAACCAAGAUGCUAAGCAAGAGUAAGGCUCUUGAUGUAAGUAUGGACCUUAAAGACGACACUAUGAAGCUUCUGCAGGAGGCGGGGAUGGAGGACGUCCCACGUGAGCCUAUUGAACAACAUCACAACAAGUCAGAGAGACAAAGAACUUCAACAGCUGGUGAUGAUGAUCAUAGCAGCGCUUGUGUCCUGAAGGAUGCUCCUACUGGAAGUUCAACUGAGGGGAGUGAGGGAAGUUUAGACUCCACAGACAAACUACUCAAGCCUGUUCCUGUUAUUUUAAUGGAGCCGUCCAAUUCAGAGUCCACUCCGGCUCUCUCAGAUCAAAGCAGACCAGUUGUUCCGCCCUCUUCCUCUUCCUCCGAACCAUCCAUGUCACGUCAGCGCAGGCAGAGGAAGAAAGAGAAAUCUCUCGAUGACCAGAACAGCCAUCAAGUCAAAGCAGUGCCCAGACCUCUGCCGCCUCUUCCGGAACAUGUCCUGUCAGUAAACAGCGAACAGAAAGGACACUCAGAGAAAAACAGAGCUGCCAAUCUCUCAUCCUCUACCAGUAACUCUUCAGAGCAGCAGAAUCGUCCACUGUCAGCCAGGGAAAGGAGAAGACUGAAGCAAUUACAGGAGAACUCCAGACAACAAGCUGUGUCCGCUGUCAAAAGGGUGCUUUGUGAUGUCCCCUCAUUAGACGGUAAGCAGACAGACCAACUAGACUGCCCAAGACCCGCCAGCGCAGCCGAGGAAACAAAAAAGGAGAGGAAGUGCUCAUGGAGACAGUCUGAUGAUGACGAGUGUAGUUCCUCCACCAGCUCCACUGAGCGUUCAGAGGGCGACUACAGAGAACGGAAGUGUGAGACCACCGAGAUGCAAGACUUGGUCCAAAUGAUGACACAAACGUUACACAUGGAUGCCAGAGAUGUGUCAUUUGAGCCAGAUGGGCCAAGAUGCCUCUCUACUCCGCUGCCGGAGUUCAAACUAAACAGGAAGUACAGGGACACCCUGAUGCUUCAUGGGAAAUCCAGAGAGAGUCAGGGAGAUUUUCAAAUCAGUGGCUUCCCGUUGGACGACAGCACGGGUCCAGCAAAGGUCAGGAGAGUGAUCGAGCACUUGCGCACAGAUGUGGUUAAAGGACUCGGGGUGAAGCUGUUGGACCGAGUCCUGGACAUCAUGCAGGAGGACGAUGAAGACAAGAGGGAGCAUUUACUGCAGGAGCAAAUGGGAGAGGAAAAAUACAAGCAGUACGCAAUGAAAGUCCAGCAGCUGAAGUUCUUUGAGGACGUUGCGGUCAAAGACUGAGCCACAUGCACAUGAGAUGCACUCUUGUCUAACACUGAUGCUCCAUUACUGCUGGUGGACAGUAGACAGAUUUGUGCUCUUAACAGAAAAACACUUCACUGAAGACUCCUAUCAACAAUCACGCUUACUUUUUUAAUACUUUUGUAAAUGUGUAGUGAUAGAACCGAGUUGAACACUAGAUAUGCAAGACGGCUGUUAUUAUGCACCUUUAGCGUUAUUUUCUUACAUUUUUCUAUUGCAAAUGUGAACCUAUGCUAUGUAGAUAGCAAUCUUGAAUCACAAAAGAGAUGUUAAAAAUAGUUUACUUUUUUCUAUUUCCUGGACCUUAUAUUUAUAUUACGAAUAAUGUAAAUCAAAAAGGAAUGAUUUAUAAUAAAUGACAUUUUUAGGACCCUGUGCUUUCUUUUGCUCAACAACAAACCAAACUCAAAUAAAAAAAAAAAAAACAAGUGCCACACAAAU